ACCAGAGUGAAUGGCCCCCAGGGGCUGCGCGGGGCCUCUGCCUCCGCCACCUUCUCCACAGACCUGGGUCUGGCCCAGAAAGAUGCUAGCCAUGGGGGCGCUGGCAGGCUUCUGGGUUCUCAGCCUCCUCACUUAUGGUUACCUGUCCUGGGGCCAGGGCUUGGAGGAGGAGGAAGAAGGGGCUUUGCGAGCUCAAACUGGAGAGAGACUGGAGCCCCGCGUAACCGCCGUGUCCCAGCCCCAUCUCAUUUUCAUCCUAGCGGAUGAUCAGGGAUUUAGAGAUGUGGGUUACCAUGGAUCAGAGAUAAAGACUCCCACUCUUGACAAGCUUGCUGCCGAAGGAGUUAAACUGGAGAACUACUAUGUCCAGCCUAUUUGCACACCGUCCAGGAGUCAGUUUAUUACUGGAAAGUAUCAGAUACACACCGGACUUCAACAUUCUAUCAUAAGACCUACCCAGCCCAACUGCUUACCUCUGGACAAUGCAACCCUACCUCAGAAGCUGAAGGAGGUUGGAUAUUCAACACAUAUGGUUGGAAAAUGGCACUUGGGUUUUUAUAGAAAAGAAUGUAUGCCCACCAAGAGAGGAUUUGAUACCUUUUUUGGUUCCCUCUUGGGAAGUGGCGAUUACUAUACACACUACAAAUGUGACAGUCCUGGGAUGUGUGGCUAUGACUUGUACGAAAAUGACAAUGCUGCCUGGGACUACGACAAUGGCAUAUACUCCACACAGAUGUACACUCAGAGAGUGCAGCAAAUCUUAGCUUCCCAUGACCCCAGAAAGCCUAUAUUUUUAUACAUUGCCUACCAAGCUGUGCACUCUCCACUGCAAGCCCCUGGGAGGUAUUUUGAACACUACAGGUCCAUUGUCAACAUAAACCGACGCAGGUAUGCUGCCAUGCUUUCCUGCCUAGAUGAAGCAAUUAAUAAUGUGACCCUGGCUCUCAAGACAUACGGUUUCUACAACAACAGCAUUAUCAUAUACUCUUCAGAUAACGGUGGUCAGCCCACAGCAGGAGGAAGCAACUGGCCCCUCAGAGGGAGCAAAGGAACCUAUUGGGAGGGAGGGAUCCGGGCUGUUGGCUUCGUGCACAGCCCGCUCCUGAAGAACAAGGGCAGCGUGUGUAAGGAGCUUGUGCACAUCACGGACUGGUACCCCACUCUGAUUUCACUGGCUGAAGGGCAGAUCGACGAGAGCAUUCAGCUGGACGGCUAUGACGUCUGGGAGACCAUAAGCGAAGGCCUUCGUUCUCCCCGGGUGGACAUCUUGCACAACAUCGACCCCAUUUAUACCAAGGCGAAGAACGGCUCUUGGGCUGCAGGCUAUGGGAUCUGGAACACGGCCAUUCAGUCCGCGAUCAGGGUGCAGCACUGGAAGCUGCUCACAGGGAACCCGGGGUACAGUGACUGGGUGCCCCCUCAGUCCUUCAGCAACCUGGGCCCGAACCGAUGGCACAACGAGCGCAUUACCUUGUCAACCGGCAAGAGCGUGUGGCUGUUCAACAUCACAGCCGACCCCUACGAGAGAGUGGACCUUUCCAGCCGGUAUCCCGGGAUCGUAAAGCAGCUCCUCCGCAGGCUCUCCCAGUUCAACAAAACCGCGGUGCCGGUCAGGUACCCCCCCAAAGACCCCAGAAGUAACCCUCGGCUCAACGGGGGAGUCUGGGGGCCAUGGUAUAAAGAGGAAAGCAAGCAAAAGAAGCCAAGCAAAAAGAAGGCUGAGAAAAAGCAGAGGAAAAGUAAGACGAAGAAGAAACAGCAGAAGGAACGCUCGUUUCCAAACUGCCAUUCAGGGAUUUCUCGUGGAUAAGGACAAAUUUUUUUCCUGUCUUCAGUUCAGUUCAGUUCAGUCCCUCAGUCGUGUCUGACUCUUUGCGACCCCAUGAAUCGCAGCACGCCAGGCCUCCCUGUCCAUCACCAACUCCCGGUGCCUACUCAAAC